AGUGCUACUGGCAAGAACACGUAGCUAGCUAACAAAGCUCGAAAUGCAACAUCUCAAGGAAAAAGGUCCAUUUCUUCCCCCAGCGUCUCUGCGUCUUUUGGUUCCUCCCCUGCGGCUGGUGUCUGCAGCUCUAUGGCAGGUUGUUCAGCGGAGAGACGUCAUGGACUACGGCUUGGUGGAGGAGUUUGUCGUCACUGUGUUGGACGUAGUCCCAGAUCUGAUGAGUUACAGGGAGAAAGUCCAACUCAUCAUGGGUCUGAGAGCACAGACACGCUGCCCACAACACCGUGCUAAAACGGCUCCGUGGGAAACGGCUCCGUGGGAAACGGCUCCGUGGGAAACGGCUCCGUGGGAAACGGCUCCGUUUCCAUAGACACGCUGCCUACAACACCGUGCUAAAACGGCUCCGUGGGAAACGGCUCCGUGGGAAACGGCUCCGUGGGAAACGGCUCCGUGGGAAACGGCUCAUCUCAAUACACUGGUUUUGUUUGCUGGAAUUCUUAAAAAUAAAAAUAAAUCUUUACUUUUAUUCCCAUCAGCUGGUUCUGAAGUUGUUGUUCUCAGAACACCUCGCUGACUCUGACACCAUCCAGUCACACCUGAACAGGAUGAGAACCUGUAGCAUCACUCAUAGGGACAACCAGAUUUGUGAUCCUGAGGUGGAGGCAUCAGAAUCCAACUUCCUGAAGCUGAUUAAAACGCUGCUGGAAGACCCAGUUGAGAGAGAACGCUUCUUUCAGAACGUUUUUCCAGAGGAAUUCGGCCCCCAGUAUCACUCCGCACUGCAGACUCUGGUGUGGGAGUUCCUCUCCAGACUGGAGAAGCUGCUUCCAACACCGACCCUUCAACAGACUGCAUCUUGGUUUCUACCUGACCACUCUGUCCUGGAGCAGUGUGAGCAGUCUGUGCGUCACCCUCAACCUUUGAGGACCCUUCUCCAGUACCACACCAACCUUUCUCCAAUCCCACAUGUUGAGGCCAAUGCUCUGUCAUCUGGAGACAACCACAUCCUGUCUCCAUCUCCCCGAGAGUCAUCCACUGACCAAGCUGACCCAGAGAUCCAAUCAGAACCCAUACAGACAUUUAUGACCAUUCAAAGCCCUGCAUCAUAUUGCUGUGAGUCAGAAAUGACACCUUCGCUGGAUUACAGGGAGAGUCAACGAGGGAUUCAUUUAGACCGCACUGCAAAUGUCGCCAUUUUGCCUUCGAAUGAAGAGGUGGACCAGCGUGUCAACAAGGAAACUCUUGACAAAGAGAGUGAAAUGGAUCAGGCUUUUCUUCUCCUUCGUGCUGACAGUGGGCCCAAAAUCCAACCGGGAGCUCACCGCUUCGAAAAGGAAGCGCAGGACGUUUCUGAUUGGUCUACGUCCUGUCGGCUCCGUCAGCCCACGGUGCUGCUGCACAGACUUGACAUUACUGAUACGCUGUCACCUGUGUCAGAGGUCUUUCCAACACCGAGCAGAGAGAGGCUUCAGAUUGACAAUGUGGAAACCCAAGGACGGAGAGGAGAACGGGUCGUAUCACAAAAGAGCGAGAGGAAUGUCGACGUAGAGCCCUCAGAUAGCCGACCUCGAUAUUCUCUGGUUCCUGGCCCAUGUCGUACUAAAGGGCAGCCUAAAAAAAGCAAGCGUGUCAAAAUAUGCUCCUUGUGUGGGGAAACUUUCAGGGAAGCAAAGGAUUUGACAGCACACAUAACAUCUCACACUGAGCAGAGGUCUUACCAGUACACCCUGUGUAGUAGACAAGACGUUGAACACCGUGACGACUUAGAGAAGCAUCGGCAGAAUGUGUGUGAGGCGGCAGCUCAACCAGAAGAGGAUAACACGUCUGCUACAUCGACGAGGGAAAGAGAUAUCUCAGCCCCACGACACUUUACCUCAGCCCCAACCAGGAGCUCACCGCCUCGAAGAGGAAGUGCACAGAGAUAUCUCAGUCCCAACCAGGAGCUCACCGCCUCGAAAAGGAAGUGCACAGAGAUAUCUCAGCCCCAACCAGGAGCUCACCGCCUCGAAAAGGAAGUGCAGGACGUUUCUAAUUUGUGCAGGACAUCGACAUCGACGAGGGAUUGCACAGAGAUAUCUCAGCCCCACGACACUUUACCCCAGAGAAGGCACAAGACAACCCAACACGGUAAACCAAGACAGUCUUCCAAAGUCACCAAACGCUCCGUGUGUGACGAGACCUUCAGUAAGGCAUCGCACCUGGGAUACACACCUGGGAAGCUCCUCAACUGUGGGGAUGUUUCUGAGAACUCCACUUUGAAGAAACACAAAAAAGUGUGUUUGAAGACAAAGACACGUCUCUCUUGCUCUCUGUGCGGAGACACCUUUACGCUCUCUGAGCCAAACGAGCGUGAGGACGUGAACCCACAGCAACUUCCGAGGGAGGCUCUUCCAGAGGCCGCCGCUGUUUUGGCAGCAGUAGAAAAUUCGACAGAGAUACCUCAGCCCUCAAACACAACACCCCAAAACCCAACCACCUCCAAUGCUCUGCCCUUUCAGCUAGCUAAUCAUUACAGAAAAUGCCUUUUAUGUAAAGAGGCUUUUGAUAACGGAGAAGACCUGAGAAGACAUCUGAGAUUUCAACAUGGUGUACUUCCUUACCUGUGCUUUAAAUGUGGGGAGAGUUUCCAAAGCACCUCUGAUCAGAAGAAACACUCGGACCAGUGUUCCGGUCAAAACAUUCCAGAGUCCAGGAAGUGUCCCGGUUGCAGGACGAGGACUUCUCAAUGUAGACAACAGCAGGAAAUGACAAGUCAGGAAGGGAACCUUAAAAGACACCAGACAGCCUGGUCGCCACAACAUACAGGGGAAAACGAGAUGGAGACCCCACAGUCCAGCAGCACAGACGUCAACUUCUCAAAUGAGUCUCGGCAACACCGGCUAAACCAAUCCGUCGAUCAAUCAAAGUUAUUUGUAAGGUGCUUUUUCGAUCAGCGAACUGCUCUUACAGUAAGCAUGUCUAGACCCCGAAGAUUGAACCGCUGUGAUGAGACGGACUUUCAGACACAGCAAGACUUUAAUGAGGAAGUGAAUCCAAGCCAAACCCUAAGGGAGGUUGACCCAGCAGGUGGAGGCACAUCUCAGCCUUCAAGGGGGAACGGGAUAGAGACUCCCCAGCCCCACAGUACUGAAUCCCAGAACCCAACAACCUGCGCCGCUUCCCCCACUCUGCCCCCUGGUGUGAAUUUAGAUUCUAGAACAUGUCACGUGUGUUCCAAGAGUUUUCGUAGGAAACAAUCCCUGAUUUUGCAUCUGAGACGGCACGGUGAAGGAGCCAUUAACUGUCCCAUAUGUUCAAGGUGCUUUGGUCGCAACAGGGAUUUAAAGUUUCACCUGGCCAACAAAUCAGGUUGUGGGCCAACGCGGCGUAAUCUUACCACCGUAAUCGUUCCCACAAAAGACACGCCGGUCUUCACCUGCCCCGAAUGUCUGCAACAGUUCACAAGCGAAAAGAAACUGAAAUCACACAUGGUAUGUCACACAGGAGACGGGUUCUCCUGUAGCUUUUGUGGCAAAAUGUUUGCCGGACACAACCAAUUGAAGUUUCAUAUUCGUUGUCAUAGUUACAGGCCUUAUCUAUGUGAUACGUGUGGCAAGGAUUUCCCAUCUCAGAGUGCGUUGGAAUCACACGAGCGUGUGCACACAGACGAGCGGGCAUACUCUUGCACAGACUGUGGGAAAACCUUUAAGCGUAAGGGUACGCUGACACAACACCGACUGAUUCAUACGGGGGAGCGGCCAUUCGCGUGUGCUCUUUGUCAAGUACGUUUUACCACCAAUAAGCAUCUGAAACUGCACAUGAUGUGUCACACGGGGGAGAGGCCUUUUAAAUGUCCGGUUUGUGGAAGGGGCUUUAGACAGAAAGGCGAUUUGAGACAACAUCAAGCUUCGUGUUCCUAGUUGCCUUUGGGGGCUCAAGAGGUUAAGAUAAAAGAGUUCUUACGUUCUUAUUGUGUCUGUCAGUAUUCCGACGUUCUAAUUCCGUCUCACCCUGCAGGGUUCAUAACAUCUGGUAAAUCUGUGAAUUCCAGCCAAUCCGACUGUGCGGCUUCUUCCACAUGCGGAACUCUGACGUCACAAAGGAAAUCACCUUUGAAUAACAGCAGUUUUUGGCAGUUAAAUGCAACAACAAAACAUUAUUUAUAUAAAAAAAUAAUAUAUAUAUAAAUCUAUUAAUGUGUUUUUUUGAAAACAAGUUGUUAGUGAGCAGGUUGCUGUACUUUCAGUUUGUGGUUGAAACAGUUUUGCCAUCCAGCCAAUCGGCGUUUUCUAAAUUGGUCCAAAGCAUGUGAAUGUACUCAACUCGUCGCGCCCAGUUUCCCGUUUGUCAUGAAGGCAGCAUAAAGCACGCCCAUAGGAAGUGCCGCAGGUGCAUUCCAUUACGGUUUGGAAUGGAGACUUCAACUUACGAUUUUAACGAGGUUAUCAAUUAGUCUAUUAGACCAAUGUCAAUGGGGAUGUUUCGAAAUGCAAUAGACCUUAUACCACCCGUCGCAUAAAUAAGGCGAAUUAAGUACGACAUAAAUGGUUAAAAAAAAAAAUUGUCUUGCACAAUUGUCCAUGGCUGUCUUAUUGCAACGAUCCAGAACGUUCUGAGAGUUGAUUAAAUAUUGUCGGGUUAUCUGAUUGGAGGAAUCACUGAAGACUGAAACGCGAUAGAAUGCUGUUGUAACAGAUCUCUCAGUGGGCAGAUGUUCCAUUUGGGUACGUUGUUGGGGAGGGAUGAUGCACCGCCCAGUUUCAAGCACGCGUGUAGAAGUCUGAAUACUGCGGCUCGUGCCAGUAAAACUCAUAAUUCAGCCAACUCUGAAAAGAGCACUCGUCAUUUUGAUUUGUGAUAUACACUAACCAGAUGUAUUUUGUCGGGUAAAUUAGAUUCCUGUUGGGUGGUUCUUAUCAACAGACUAAAUCCCUUCUACCUUUUCCACAAAAAACUUUAGAAUUCUCCAUAUUGAAUGAGGUAAUUUAGAAUUCUCCAUAUUGAAUGAGGUCAUUUAGAAUUCUCCAUAUUGAAUGAGGUAAUUUUGAAUUCUCCAUAUUGAAGGAGGUAAUUUUGAAUUCUCCAUAUUGAAUGAGGUAAUUUUGAAUUCUCCAUAUUGAAGGAGGUAAUUUUGAAAUCUCCAUAUUGAAGGAGGUAAUUUUGAAAUCUCCAUAUUGAAGGAGGUAAUUUUGAAUUCUCCAUAUUGAAUGAGGUCAUUUUGAAUUCUCCAUAUUGAAGGAGGUCAUUUUGAAUUCUCCAUAUUGAAUGAGGUCAUUUUGAAUUCUCCAUAUUGAAGGAGGUCAUUUUGAAUUCUCCAUAUUGAAGGAGGUCAUUUUGAAUUCUCCAUAUUGAAUGAGGUCAUUUUGAAUUCUCCAUAUUGAAUGAGGUCAUUUUGAAUUCUCCAUAUUGAAUGAGGUAAUUUUGAAUUCUCCAUAUUGAAGGAGGUAAUUUUGAAUUCUCCAUAUUGAAUGAGGUAAUUUUGAAUUCUCCAUAUUGAAGGAGGUAAUUUUGAAAUCUCCAUAUUGAAGGAGGUAAUUUUGAAAUCUCCAUAUUGAAGGAGGUAAUUUUGAAUUCUCCAUAUUGAAUGAGGUCAUUUUGAAUUCUCCAUAUUGAAGGAGGUCAUUUUGAAUUCUCCAUAUUGAAUGAGGUCAUUUUGAAUUCUCCAUAUUGAAGGAGGUCAUUUUGAAUUCUCCAUAUUGAAGGAGGUCAUUUUGAAUUCUCCAUAUUGAAUGAGGUCAUUUUGAAUUCUCCAUAUUGAAUGAGGUCAUUUUGAAUUCUCCAUAUUGAAGGAGGUAAUUUUGAAAUCUCCAUAUUGAAGGAGGUAAUUUUGAAUUCUCCAUAUUGAAUGAGGUAAUUUUGAAUUCUCCAUAUUGAAGGAGGUAAUUUUGAAAUCUCCAUAUUGAAGGAGGUAAUUUUGAAAUCUCCAUAUUGAAGGAGGUAAUUUUGAAUUCUCCAUAUUGAAUGAGGUCAUUUUGAAUUCUCCAUAUUGAAGGAGGUCAUUUUGAAUUCUCCAUAUUGAAUGAGGUCAUUUUGAAUUCUCCAUAUUGAAUGAGGUCAUUUUGAAUUCUCCAUAUUGAAGGAGGUCAUUUUGAAUUCUCCAUAUUGAAGGAGGUCAUUUUGAAUUCUCCAUAUUGAAUGAGGUCAUUUUGAAUUCUCCAUAUUGAAUGAGGUCAUUUUGAAUUCUCCAUAUUGAAGGAGGUAAUUUUGAAAUCUCCAUAUUGAAGGAGGUAAUUUUGAAAUCUCCAUAUUGAAGGAGGUAAUUUUGAAAUCUCCAUAUUGAAGGUAAUUUUGAAAUCUCCAUAUUGAAGGAGGUAAUUUUGAAUUCUCCAUAUUGAAUGAGGUCAUUUUGAAUUCUCCAUAUUGAAGGAGGUCAUUUUGAAUUCUCCAUAUUGAAUGAGGUCAUUUUGAAUUCUCCAUAUUGAAUGAGGUAAUUUUGAAUUCUCCAUAUUGAAGGAGGUAAUUUUGAAAUCUCCCUUUUUGAACGAAAUAAUCUAAUCUGUUGAAAAAGUUUAUUUUUUUUUAAAUGACAAACUUCUUAGCUUUGUAAAACAGCCAAUUGUAUAUAUCCUUUACAAAACUGCAACUAUAUGUCUCCAAGAAUUGUAAUAAACAUAACAGCAACCCAUGCAUUAUCCUCAA